GAAAGCACACCUCUCCAGCUGGCUCUAGUAAUCUGGGAUACAAUCUGGAGAAAGGUAUGCGUGGAAUGUGCUUCUUCCAUCAGUUCACCACCACCACCUCCCCCACCCUGCCUAUGGCAACUCAAGAGCAGGCUAGGAACGCUUUAUGAGUUGACUGGGACUUUCCAUGUUUCGGACUUGACGUCCAUCGUUCAAGGAAAAAUCUUUUCAUCCCAACUUCCAAAUUUACAAUGGGUGGAAACAGGCCAUAGUUGAGGUCUGGAGCAAGUCAGAAGUGACUGAGCCACGGAAGUCCCAUUCCUGGACCUCUUCAUAGCUUCGCUGUCUCUGGAGGACAUGAGAUGCCUUCUCUGAAGUUCUCCAACUUCUCCAGGGUUUAGGUUUAGGUUCUCUGUGGAGGACUUUGGGACCGUCUUGUCCAGAAAGAUCCAUCCAUCCUAUAAGAUCUAUUCUGUUGAGGACAUUAGAUCCUAUAAGAUCCAUUCUCUGGAGGACAUUCUCUGGUGGUCUCCUGUCAAGUUCUCAAAGUUCUCCAGAGUUUAGGUUGUCUGUGGAGACUUUGAGACUUCUUCUCCAGACGGGUCUAUCCAUCCAUCCUAUGAGGUGCAUUCUUUGCAGGACAUGAGAUGCCUUCUUUGAUGGUCUCCUAUGAAGUUCUCCAGGGUUUAGGGUUUAAGUUUCCCAUGGAGGACUUUGGGAGUCCUUCUUCUCCAGGAGAAUCCAUCCAUCCUAUAAGAUGUAUUCUCUGGAGGACAUCAGAUAUCUUCUCUGGUUGUCUCCUAAUGAAGUUUUCCAGUGUUAGGGUUUUGCUUUUCCAUGAUAGACUCCGGGACCACCUCCAGGAGAAUCCAUCCAUCCUAUAAGGUCCACCCAAUGAGAAACAACGAUCGAGGAAGUGGACCUGCCACAAAGCACUUAGCUGUGCUUAACCACAAGCUCCACCUUCCUCCACUCAACGGAAAUCACCCAGCUUGACUCACCCUUCUUUCCACACUGACGAGCAAGGACGGUUGUCAGUCCCGGUAAGCAGACACACUUCUCCAGGAACAUGGCAGAGCAAGAGAGCCUCGAAUUUGGGAAAGCGGACUUUGUCCUCUUGGACGAGGUGACCAUGGAGGACUUCCUGGAGAACCUGAAACUGAGGUUUGAGAAAGGACGCAUCUACACCUACAUCGGGGAAGUGGUGGUCUCCAUCAACCCAUACAAACCUCUGUCACUCUACGGGAAGGACACAAUCGAGCAUUACCGUGGUCGGGAACUCUAUGAGAGGCCGCCUCACCUCUAUUCCGUAGCUGAUGCAGCCUACAAGGCCAUGAAGAGACGGGCCAUGGACACCUGUGUGGUCAUCUCAGGAGAAAGUGGAGCCGGAAAAACGGAAGCCAGCAAGUACAUCAUGCAAUAUAUUGCCGCCAUCACCAAUCCGAGCCAGCGGGCCGAAGUGGAAAGGGUGAAAAAUGUUCUCCUCAAAUCCAACGGUGUCCUGGAGGCCUUCGGCAACGCCAAGACCAACCGCAACGACAAUUCCAGCCGCUUUGGAAAAUACAUGGACAUCAAUUUUGACUUCAAGGGAGAUCCCACCGGGGGACACAUCAGCAACUACCUGUUGGAAAAGUCACGAGUCCUCAAACAGCAACCAGGCGAGAGGAAUUUCCAUGCCUUCUACCAGUUGCUUCUUGGUGCCUCCGACGCUAAGCUGGACUCUCUCCACCUGGUUGGAGACCCAACGGCCUACAGGUUUACCAAGGAGGGUGGUAGUAGUAAUGACAGGUCUUUGGAGAGUGAGAAAAGCAACUAUCAAUCUGUCUUGGACGCCAUGAAAGUGAUCGGUUUUACUUCGGAAGAGAUCGAUUCUGUGCAGAAGAUCCUGGCAGCCAUUUUACACUUGGGCAAUGUGAAUUUCAUCUACUCUGGUGACGAGGUGGCCAUCGAAGACCCACAACUGGUCUCCUACCUUGCGGAGUUGACUUCCACUGAGCCGGAGAGUCUCCUGAACACCCUCCUGUAUCGGACGGUGGCAACGGGUGGUGGGGAGGUGAUCCAAAAAGGCCACGGUUGCGAUGAAGCCAACUACGCGCGGGAUGCUUGCGCCAAGGCUAUUUAUGAGCGGCUCUUUUGUUGGAUUGUGACCCGUAUCAAUGCCGUCAUCGCAGUCAAGAACUACGACCCGCGAAUCCAUGGCAAAAAUACAGUCAUCGGUGUCUUGGACAUUUACGGCUUCGAGAUCUUUGACAACAACAGCUUCGAGCAGUUUUGUAUCAACUAUUGUAAUGAGAAGCUGCAGCAGCUGUUCAUCGAGUUGAUCCUCCAGCAGGAACAGCAGGAAUACCAGCGUGAGGGGAUUGAAUGGCAACACAUUGAAUAUUUUGACAAUCAAAUCAUCGUCGAUUUAGUGGAAGAACCGCACAAGGGUGUCAUCGCCAUCCUGGAUGAAGCUUGCUUGACUGUGGGCAAAGUAACUGAUGCCCUUUUCUUGGAGAGUAUGGAUGCCAGGCUUGGCAAACACCCACAUUAUACCAGCAGGAAGCUCAAUUCCACUGACAAGUCCAUGGAGUAUGGGCGUGAUUUCCGGAUCAAGCAUUAUGCCGGAGAUGUUACGUAUUCUGUGGAAGGAUUUCUCGAUAAGAACAAGGAUACGCUGUUCCAGGAUUUCAAGCGACUGCUGUACAACAGCACAGACCCCCUCCUCCAGGAGAUGUGGCCGGAGGGCAAGCAGAGCAUCACGGAGGUGACAAAGCGGCCCCUGACUGCCGCCACCCUUUUCAAGAACUCCAUCGUGGCCUUGGUGGACAACCUAGCAUCCAAGGAGCCUUUCUACGUUCGUUGCAUCAAGCCCAAUGACCAGAAGUCCCCGUUUCUGUUCGACGAGGAACGCUGCCGUCACCAAGUCUCAUAUUUGGGUCUGCUGGAGAAUGUCCGGGUCCGAAGGGCUGGUUUUGCCUACAGGCAACCAUACCACCGAUUCUUACUCCGGUAUAAGAUGACGUGCGAAUACACCUGGCCCAACCACCUCAUGGCCUCGGAUGGUGCAGCCACCCAAGCCUUGAUAGAGCAACAUGGCUUCCAAGAUGACGUAGCUUACGGCCAAACCAAGAUCUUCAUCCGAACGCCGCGGACUUUGUUCGCCCUGGAACAGGAACGCGCCAACCUGAUCCCCAUUAUUGUGCUGUUGUUGCAGAAGGUCUGGAGGGGAGCCCUCGCCCGCAAACGUUACCGGUACCUGCGAGCCAUCUACACUGUCAUGGCCUACUACAGGCGUCACAAAGUGAAAGGGUACUUGUUGGACCUCAUACAACGCUUCCAAGGGGUGCGCAACAUGGCCGAUUACGGCAAAAGCGUGGCGUGGCCGGAGCCACCGGCAGUGCUGACCCAGUUCCAGGAGAGUUCACAGCUCAUUUUUGCCAGGUGGCGAGCCAGGCAGCUGGUGACCAACCUCUCUCCAUCCGAGAUGAGCCAAAUCAAAGCCAAGGUGGCUGCCUUCGAGGUCUUGCAAGGCCGGCGGAAAAAUUGGGGUUGUUGCCGGAACUGGAGACAGAACUAUUUAGCAGCGGUACGUACAAUGGCCUGAU